AUGGUGGCUGCUAACUACAUGUACUUGGACGUUCGUUCUCGUGAGGAGCACGGGCUCCACGGAGGUGCAGCACUCGCCAAUGUGCAUUUGCCAAGUGACGCGUUGUGUGCCGCCGCUUGUGACCAGAGCAAUGCGUUCACUUCGGUAGAGGUUCCAGAGUGGAUGUGGGCCUGGCAGGCGGUGCCCCCACUUCGUGCCGGUCUAGUCUGGGAUGCUCUCCCCUGGGAACUUCGAGACAGAGUCUGUCCGGGAACCUGGAUCUACCCCAUGUGGAAGCGGCUCGUCAUGGGCGGCUCCCACAGCGUGCACAUUCUCAUGAAUAUUAAUAUGACUUGCGGGGGGCGGACUCUGAUCCGAAGUUGUGGGCUUCGGCGGGGCGUCUCGGAGGAGGAUUUCGACGUUGACGAAGGGGGGAAGUUCUCGGGCAGGAGCGACGAGGUUUGGGCCGCCGACCAAGACUUCAGGAAGUCCAGGGACUUGAAUGACCAGGUCACGAACCCGGGCACGGGCUACACGGGCGAGUCUUGGGUUCGGAAGGUCACAGAGGUCAAGUCGUCGGGUGUUAAGGUCUUCGUCGUCAUGCAUCUGUUCGCGGGUCCCCGUAGGCCUGGGGACGUGGAAGAGUGGCUGGGAGUUCUUGCGGCCCAGCGCGGGCUGGAACUGCUGGUGCUGUCCUGCGACCUCGCCCAGGAUCCUCUUUGGGACCUCACGCUGCCGGAGACCUUCCAGAAGCUUUGGGGCCUGGUCGUUUUGGGGCACAUCGACGCGAUCCUGGGAGGGCCGCCCUGCUCCACCUGGUCCAGGGCCCGGUUCGUCAAGUUGCUGGGGGGCCCGAGGCCCCUCAGGUUCCGAGGCAAGUACGGUUGUGGUCGGCCCGAGGCCGAGCUGACGGGCCCCGAGAGGGCUCGAGUCCAGGAGUCCAACGUCCUGUCCCUCAACUUCCUGGCGCUCUGCGAAGGGGUCUCGUCGAGGGGAGGAGUCCAUAUACAUGAACACCCAGAGGAUCCUGGAGAGGAGCCGUAUCCUUCGAUUUAUAGUACAGAGCUGACGUGCGCCAUGGAGGAGCGCACCUCGGCUGUGCGUGUCAGUCUUGACCAGUGCAUGUACGGCGGGCCAGCGAGAAAGGCUACCACGCUGUCCGGCACCGCCGACGGACUGCUGGAGGGUGAGUGUCGUUGCGAUGGAAAUCACCAGCAUCAGAGGAGCACUGGACGCAUGAGGGUGGAGAACGGGAGACAAGGUUUCUACGCCACCGCCUUGGCUGCCUACCCCUCCGGCCUCAGUGAGUUUCUGGCGUCGUGUGUCGCGCGGAGUUUCGUGCGUAUGCUACGAGAGGAGCGUGAGAAAGGUACCGUUGUUCCUCAGCGUCCCUUGGCCGCCCGUCUGUCUCAGUGGCCCAGGCCCAGCAGUCAGGAGGGGGAGAGGGGCUUUCACGUACUCAACGAGAAGAGCGCUAGGAUGCAGAACACCACCUUGAUUAAGGGCGACCUAGGGUUUUACCUUCACAUAGACGAUGGUUUGAUGAUGUCCGACGGGGCCGACUUUGUGGGCUCCGAGCGGGCCGCCGACUUCUUCAUGCAUCGGGCCGCCGAUGAGCUAGUCAACAUAGGUUUCAAGGUCACGGACCGCAGGGAGUCUUGGGAGCUGGACAAAAUUGUUGGCUACGAGGUUCAGAGUUCCCCCGCUCGGCUUCGUCUACCUACCCGUAAGGCUGCCGUACUCUAUGAGGCCAUGCUCUUCCUGGAGAGCCGUGCUUGGGUGUCCCUGGAGGCCGCCUCGUCACUCUUGGGACUUUGGGUGUGGGCUGCCCUACUGGCUCGUCACUGGUUGUCUGCCCCCCAACGCAUCUUCCGCUUCGCUCACCAGGACGAGGGGCUCCCGGGGCGUCUCAGGUUUCGGAAGUGGUGGCCGAGUGCCUUGAGGGAGAUCGUGCUGGCCACGGAUGCCGAGGGCUCGAACGGCCUGGACUGUGGGGGCUUGGGCAUGGUUGCUACCGCUCUCCCCGACCGGGGCGUUCAGAGGCUCUGGGAGGCCGGGGCCAAGCCGGGUUUCGCCCUCACGCGCAUGGGCCACGAGAGGAAAGUUCUACAGAAGGGUUCCGGAGCUCUCGUACCCACCCUGCCCGUCUCCGCGAUCCCGAAGGAUUUCUGGGAGCUGUCCAGGUGCUGGGUCCCGGUCGCCGCGGGGAGGUGGAAGUGGGAGGAGCAUAUCACGGUCAGCGAGAUGAGGUCAGUGAUCUUGAUGCUUGAGAGGGUCGUCGUGGUCGAAGGUUUCUUCCGCUGUAAGCUGAUCUCUUUUGAGGACAACAUGCCCGUUGCGUUUGCAAUAGCCAAGGGGAGAUCAUCGGCGGGCCCCCUCGACUUCCCCCUGCGCAGGCGAUGCGCGUUGUGCGCGGCGGCCGAGAUUAGGCUGCUCCUCCCCUGGGUCGAGACCUGGCGGAUGCCGGCGGACUGGGUCUCCAGGUGUAAGACAUGGCAGGAGGUACUCGAGGGAGCGCAUCAGGAGCUGCAGGACCAGGCCAGGACGGACCGCACCAUCCAGAACUGA